AAUCAAAGCACAAUUAAUAUUAAAUAUAUUGUUUCAAAUUGAGUGGAUUUGAAUUGAAUUGGUGUCCAUUCGUGCAAAUCUUAACAUAAAAUGUCUUCGCUUUCCAUUGAAAAUAUAGACACUAUUAUUGACGACAAAGCCUUUUCCGAUGUCGGAGUUCAGGUGGACCUCACGUCUCGCCAUUCAUUUCGAAAUAAAUCACAUUUUGUAGAUUUAGGCUACGAUUCCCUUCACUCGACUCCAAAGCUUCUUUCGGGACAAAAAGUUCAUUCAAAACAUUUCGACAAUAAUGAAGAAAUGGACGAUAAUAUCAGUGAAAAUAGUUCUAUAAUGAUAUCGAAAUGGAAACAAAAGUUCUCCAAAUUUCGUACACAAUUAGCUAUAAGAAAGAUAUGCAAAAAUAAUGAAAGAAAUAAUACAAAGGCUUUACGCAAAACUGAAAAUUCAGAAAUGGAUAAAAUCGAAAAUGGAGAACCGGAACAACGAGUCGAAUGGUCCAAAAAAAUAGAUUUUCUUCUUUCUAUCAUUGGUUUUGCUGUCGAUUUGUCCAAUGUUUGGAGGUUUCCAUAUCUUUGCUAUAAGAAUGGCGGCGGUGUAUUUCUAAUCCCAUAUACGACCAUGCUAAUAUUUGGAGCACUUCCACUAUUCUUCUUGGAGUUAUCUGCGGGACAGUUCACAAAAUGCGGUCCCAUAACGAUGUGGAACAAACUGUGCCCUCCUAUGAAAGGGAUCGGUUACUGUUGUGUAUUGAUCUCGUGGUACGUCUCCUUCUAUUACAACGUGAUCAUCGCUUGGACCACAUAUUACAUCAUUAAGACAUUAACAUCGGGAGAUCUGAUGCCAUGGCAGCACUGCGGCAACGAUUACAAUACACCCAAUUGUUUCUCCGUAUCCCAAAUGCAAGCCAUUCAAUGCAACACAACUGACGACCAGAAUCCUGAAGAUCCUGGAAAUUGUGUGAAAAUUAAUUUAACGAAUAGAAGUUCUCCGACAGAAGAAUUCUUUUGGAGAGGACUGUUAGAAAUCGACAAAUCCGAUGGUCUGACAGGAAUGGGAACUUUGAGACCGGAAUUGAUUGGAUGUUUAGUGAUAGUCUUUAUUGUGCUUUACUUCUCACUAUUCAAAGGCGUUAAAUCUUCGGGAAAAGUCGUUUGGUUCACUGCAACCGCCCCUUACUUUAUACUCACAAUUCUUCUCAUAAGAGGUCUAUUCCUUCCCGGAGCAGUCGAAGGUAUUCUAUAUUACAUAAAUCCUCGUUUGGAAAAGUUGUUGGAACCGUCUGUUUGGGUGGACGCAGCCGUUCAGGUGUUUUACUCAAUUGGUGUUGGCUUUGGAGUACAUCUCACUUACGCUUCAUUUAAUAAGUUUAAUAACAAUUGUUAUCGUGAUUGUCUUAUUACUGCUUGUGUUAACUCUUUGACAUCGUUUUACUCUGGAUUCGUUAUAUUUACUUACUUGGGAUAUAUGGCUCAGAGUAUGAAUAAAGAGAUACAAAACGUUGCUUCAGAAGGCUAUGGACUUGUCUUUCAGGUAUAUCCUGAGGCUAUAUCCACUCUACCAUUUGCAAAAUUCUGGUCGUUAUUAUUCUUUAUCAUGUUAUUGACGUUAGGCAUCGAUUCUGCGAUGGGAGGACUGGAGGCAGUGAUAACGGGUCUAAUGGAUGAAUUCAAAUUCAAGAAUCUAAAGCGCGAACAUUUCACGGCUAUUGUCAUCAGCACCUCUUUCAUUGGAGCCCUCGUUAACUGCACUCAAGGUGGCGGAUAUACAAUGGUUUGGUUCGACACAUAUUCCGCUGGAAUUUCAUUGCUAUGUUCGGCGAUGUUUGAGGCGCUGGCCAUCACUUACUUUUAUGGAUCGGAACGAUUUAGUCGAGAUAUAGAGUCGAUGAUUGGAUACCUUCCCAAUAGAUAUUGGGUGCUGUCGUGGAAAUACAUAUCUCCCUUUUUUCUUCUGUGUGUAAUCGUAUUGUCAAUUAUCAAUUCCGAGCGUUUAUCAUAUUAUAACUACGAUUAUCCCAUUUGGUCGGCCGUCUUGGGCUGGGGUUUCACUUUAUCCUCGGUGUCAGCCAUUCCUAUAUAUGCUCUCAUUUGGUACAUAAGGAAAUCGAAGGCCGAAAGGAAUUUAAACAAGAGAACCGCUAUAACGAUGAAGAAUGAUAUGAUACCCAAAUCCAAUAACUCUCCCAUUUAUGUCUGA